AUGAGCGCCAUCCUCUCCGCAGACGAUCUCAACGACUUCAUUUCACCUGGCGUCGCCUGCAUUAAACCGGUCGAGACACUCCCGAGACAGGAGGACGAUGGCAAUCCUUACGAAGUGACCACCGAGGAUAAGGUCCAGACCAAGAACCCGGCGCCUGCCUCGAUCUCCCUCACCGAUUGUCUCGCUUGCUCUGGUUGUGUUACGUCUGCAGAGGCCGUUCUCGUUUCGUUACAAUCUCAUACUGAAGUCCUGAAUACGCUCGAUUCCUAUCCCUCGCUAGAUGUACAACAUCUUAUCGACAGGCAAAACGGGCUUGCAAAUGGUCACACAUCUCCGCCUUCGAAUGCGAAAAUCUUCGUUGCCAGCGUGAGCCCGCAGGUUCGGGCUAGUCUCGCUGCGACAUAUGGUAUCUCCGAACGAAGAGCCGGAUUCAUGAUUGAACAGUUUCUUAGCGGAUCACAGGGCUUGCGGAUAGGUGGCCAGCACAAUAGCCGAUUUACAUAUGUGGUGGACACUAACCAAGCCCGGAAAGCGUGCCUGGUAUUAGGAGCUGAAGAGGUGGCAGACUCAAUCACAGCAGGGUCGAAACCCAAGCCGAUCCUGACUUCAGCUUGUCCGGGUUGGAUUUGUUAUGCGGAGAAGACACAUCCUUAUAUCCUUCCGCAUCUCUCAGCACUGAAAUCUCCACAGGCGUUGUCUGGAACACUGCUCAAGUCGGUUCUGAGCAAGACGCUGGACAUCCAUCCUUCACAGAUAUGGCAUUUGGCAAUAAUGCCCUGCUUUGACAAGAAACUCGAGGCCAGCAGAGAAGAGCUAACGGAUCGGUGGUGGCGAUAUUCUGAGUCUUCAGACCCAUCCGCUCCUCCUAUACGAGACGUUGAUUGUGUGAUCACCUCCCGCGAGCUCCUAUCCCUUGCCUCAGCUCGCGGUAUUCAACUCUCCAGUCUUCCACGCCGACCGCUCUCAUCCGCCGAACGCACUCCGUUCCCAGAUCCACAUAUUUCUCGCUUCCUCUUCCCAAAACAACGGCCACGGGUCCAACAAGAGCAAAGUGUGGCAGCCGGCUCUUCAGGCGGUUACCUUUAUCAUAUCCUCCUAACCGAACAAUCGCGCCAUCCAGGCUCCACUAUUUCCGUCCAGCGUGGUCGUAACGCUGAUGUGGUGGAAUAUUCGCUUGUUGCCUCCUCAGGCCAAGUUCUUAUGAAGUCCGCAAGAUAUUACGGUUUCCGUAACAUUCAGAAUCUCGUGCGGAAACUGAAACCUGCGAGGCAGAGCAAAUUACCUGGCGCUGCGAGACGUAUGAAUCCAGCGGGUGGAAGCGGAAGCAUCAGUGACUACGCUUAUGUAGAAGUCAUGGCUUGUCCUGGGGGGUGUACGAACGGAGGCGGACAAAUCAAGGUUGACGACGUGAUGGAGACGUUGCCCCAGACACGGAGCGAAGAUGUGGUCAAUGUUGUCAGUGGCCCGCAGAGUCAGAAGGAGUGGUUGCGACUUGUGGAUGAAGCCUAUUACUCGGGUGAUUCCUCCGAGGACAUUGAUACAGACGAGCAAGGCGAGGACGUGCCGAUGACGAACGGUAUUAGCUGUCUGAACGGGCACGAGAAGACCAAACACACAAUCAUCAACGGAAUCGACACUACCGAGGUCUACGACUUCCUUUAUCAGUGGUCUCGGCUUGUGAACGUGCCGGUCUCUAAGCUAGCAUAUACGACAUUCCGGCAAGUCGAGAGCGAUGUUGGCAAGAACAAACCCGCCAGCAAGAUGAGCGACACGGAGCGCAUUGCGAGCAUUGCCGGACUGAGUGGCGGUGGAUGGUAA